AUGACAUCACCACGCGAUUCAACAGCCGCGGCGCCAGGCCCGGCCGGCAAGGGCAGUCGGCCGUCGUUUUCGACCUUUUGGAAGAAGACGAAGCAGGUCUUGCACGGGAGCCGCGUCGAGUUUGUGCGCCCGGCGAAGCAGAGCCGCGAUGCGGUGCAGAGUAGCGAGUCUCCGGACGCCGGCAGCGAGAGCUCGCCGGCCAAGCCGCUGACCGCCAGCGAAAAGGCCAAGCUCCGCCGGGCCCAAGUGCGGCGGGCACAGGUGCAGCAUCGCCAGCGCAAGGCGGAAUACGUCAAGAAGCUGGAGCUCGACAUCACGCACUUCCGGGAGCUGAUAUCCCUCACAGAAGGCGAGGCCGGCGACCUGAAGAAGGAGAACGAGGCCAUGCGGGCCCAGGCGCAGCUCUUUGGUAUCACCGUCUCAACCGCGGCGUUGGAGAACUCGCAGCAACCAGCGUCCAUGGAAGGAAUUGAAGCGCAGAUCGAUCGCUUGUUGGACCCAAGCCAACGGGCGCCAGCUUUUGCAGCAUCUCAGGCGUUUGGCCAGGUCGACACCCUGCCGCAGCAGCCCGCCGAGGCGACGGACAUGUUCGGCAAUAUCGACAUCGACGACAUCAUCGUGUCGUUGAAGAGCAAUGACGAACUGCGCACUCCCGUAUUCAGUGUCCGCUCCAGCACCAGCGACCCGAGUGCCAGCAACCAGAGCUCCAGCGCCACGAGCCCGCCGACGAGCGAAGGAGACUUCCAGCUCUCGACGGACCAAGAGCAGUUGGCCGUCAACUUCAUCCUGUCACUCGAACAUUGUUGCUGGGACCAUUUCUGCAUCGGCGACUUUCCCGAGCACCAGCAGCAGUCGGACGACUUCAGGGGCCACACCCUCAUGGCGUCAACUUUCUGCAUGGCUCGCGCCCCCGAGGCCGUCUACGUAGGUCGCAAGAACAUCUCGGCUACCUCAGACUGCGGCACCGGCCGCGGUGUCGACAAAAUCCCGCCUUUCUCCUUCGAGUGGCCUUCAACGCGCAUCUCCCUCGCAUCUUUGCUCGGCCUGGCGUCGUCGCUCAACCCGGGCGACAAGGAAAUCACCCCCAUCCAGGCGUGGUUUGAGCUUGCAGACCGCUAUCCCAUAACCGUGUUGCUAGAUCCGCAGUUGCUUCAGGUCCUGAGUCGGGAACUCAACAACGUGGUCAAGUGUCUCUAUUUUGGCGCCGUCAUAGAGCGAGAGGCGUUUGAAAGUGUCGUGGGGAGAGUUCUGGGACCGGAUUUGGAUCAGAUGAUGGCCGGUGCCGUGAUUGAGCAAUCUGAAUAG